UUCCGGUUAUGGCGACUUGCUCUUACAGUUACACCAAGUAACUGCAUGGUGAGGGAAGAAUGAAAUACACAGGCGCCGCACGAUAUCAGCCUGAAUGUAUCUGCCACCUUGCAAAUAAGUAGCUUCCCGUGAAUUGCACUGCAGUGCAACUUCCCCAUGAGAUCUCUGUUAACUGACUAUGCUGUUGCUGGUAGCGCUUGGUGCGGUCUUUGGUUGUACUGUGGUUGACACAGAGGACAACCGCUUUAACACGGAAGCGAGACUUUACAAACCGUUACUAAACUAUAGCUUCUCUCUACCAGAAGAGCAUAUCCCCUAUUUUUUAUACAGUAAUAAGAAAAUCGCCAAAGUUUGCAAAGAGGAUCCUCUUUGUCCAUUUCAGGAAUUCCUCAAGAACACUCAAUCUUGCUGGGGAUAUGAACAGAACUGCUUGCCACAGCACAGGUUCAGCUAUCCAGUGUGCUCCAGUAUUGAUUCAGGAUGGGCAAACUCUAUUCAAGCAGCUCAGGACCUGUUUUGGAAACAAGCAGAUUUUGGAUAUGUGCGAGAACGAUUGGAUGAAAUGAAAAGCUUGUGUAAGCCUAUCAAACCGGGGGACUCUUCUCUGGUUUGCACUAGCUUUACAAGGUACUGCAGAGCUACCAAUCUGUACCUGGAUUUCAGGAACCCCAGAAGGGGCCCAGAGAGAUAUAAAGAAGAUUUUUUCCAGGAGGGUGAGGUAGGUGGACACUGUAACCUGAAUAAGGAAGACUUAUUAUCUGAAGGCCAACAUAAGAGCCCUUUGCAGUCAUGGUUUGCAGAAUUGCAGAGUUAUACACAACUGAACUUUCAUCCGAUAAAUGAUGGCAAGUGUGAUCUUAUCAUUGAAAAACCUACCAUCUUCAUGAAACUAGAUGCUGGGGUCAACAUGUAUCAUCACUUCUGCGAUUUUGUCAACCUCUACAUAUCCCAGCACAUCAACAAUUCCUUCAGUAAAGAUGUGAACAUUGUCAUGUGGGAUACGAGUUCAUAUGGAUAUGGUGAUUUAUUCAGUGACAUGUGGAAAGCCUUUACUGAUUAUGAAAUCAUACAUCUUAAAAUGUUUGACUCUAAAAGGGUUUGUUUCAGGGAUGCAGUUUUUGCUCUGCUCCCUCGGAUGAGAUAUGGUCUAUUUUACAACACCCCUUUAGUCUCUGAUUGCUACAGCACAGGGCUUUUCAGGGCUUUUUCCCAGCAUGUUCUACACAGGCUGCAUAUCACCCAGGAAGAGUCCAAGGAAAGGAAAAUUCGUGUCACCCUUUUAGUACGUAGCACAGAGUACCGUAAAAUUUUAAAUCAGCAUGAGCUGAUAAGCGCACUGAAGACCAUAUCUUUAUUUGAGAUUAAACUAGUAGACUACAAAUAUAGGGAGAUCUCUUUCUUGGAUCAGGUUAAAAUCACUCACAACUCGGAUAUUUUUAUUGGCAUCCAUGGAGCUGGCCUUACGCACUUGCUGUUCCUCCCAGACUGGGCUGUUGUUUUCGAACUUUAUAACUGUCAGGAUAAAAGCUGCUAUCGAGACCUGGCCAGACUGCGUGGAAUUCAUUAUAUCACUUGGGAGAAGAUGGACAAAGUUAUUCCUCAAGACAAAGGUCACCAUCCUACACUGGGAGAACAUCCGAAAUUUACUAAUUACUUCUUCGAUGUUCAGGAGUUUAUGCGCCUUGUUCUCCUAGCAGCAGAGCACGUGCAGCGUCACCCUGGGUGGCUGUCUAAACAAGAUCACGACGAGCUGUAAGGGACGAAGGAAGAGAGUUGGAGUUAUUUAAACAGGCACUUAUGCAUGUACACCCAUUACACAGUGUACACACAUGCACCUAUAAACAGACCCAAUUGGCUGCUAGUCUUGAUAGUAGCUUAUGAAUGUCUGAUGCAAUGCACUCUUGUUUUGUUGUAAUUUAUGUGAGUCUGUGUGGAAGGGAGGUUGUGGGGACACUAGGAGGUGCUAUUGUUUUUUAAAGGUAGGCCUAUUGUAAUAUUCUGAAGUUACGUGCAGCCCCGCCUAAUUCAGCCCUUUUGGUUUAGUUUUAUAGUACUUGUUCUAAUUUAUCUGACUUGACUGAAAAGGUUACUUUUGUUACCAGUGUUUUAUUUAUUACAUAGCUCUAUACAGUUAGUCUAACUGUUCUGAGGCAGCUUAUUACGUUAUUUUCAAGGUCCUUAAAGGUUAUACUUUAUCAACCCAUACAAACCUUCCAUUGAAGACUUCAAAGGCUAUAGUUCUUGUCAUCAUUUUCCUGACCUUGAGAAAUAACACUAUAACAGGAUUUGGAAGUUAUUUAAACCAAAAAUUGGAACCCUGAGAAAUGGAGGUGUAUUGUACAACCCGUGACACAUGCACACAAUUCAGAUGAACAGGAGAGCCUCAGUGUUCAUUUCCAUGCAGUUUGAACUGACUGUUUGAAAACCAAGGCUCAGCUUCUGUAGGCUUUUACCAGGAUGUGACACUCUUGAGCUUUAAGGAGAGAUGUCUGCAUAGUAAAUCUAUAGAUGUCACAUCUCUUUAAAAAAAGACAAAAACACAGCAGUUAUUAAUCUCUGCAUCACUGAAAAAAACGUGCCAGAUUCUUAUAUAUCUGUGCAGUUUCUUCUGUGCUACACAGCAGGUGGUGCUAAGAGUCUUAUACCAUGCCCAGCAGGAAUGUUAAGGAAUUUUGGGGGUCACACAGUGAAGCCAGUCUAAUCCUCCUAGACAGUAAUUUAAAUAAAAUCUACAGAACCUUAGACCUCAUCAUAGGCACAAUUUUAUAUUACACUUUAAAACUUAAAGGGAAAGAUGCUAUAUAUGGAAAGUAAUUCAAUUCUCUUACCUAGAAUACAAAUAGCACAUUGCUUUGCUUACGUUUUACAAUAAUUUUUCAUUUAUAAGCACUGUUCAACUCAAAGAUCUGUGCAAAAGGAUAUGCGUAGUCCAUGUGUAAUAUAUAGAAAAGGUGAAAGACAACAAAAGCACAGGAAACUGACCUAAUAAAAAUAGGAGUUAGACCAAAUUAGACAUUUUUAGCUUUACUGAAAAGAUAGGUAUUCAAGGUAGGUUUCAGCAGUGGACAGUGCCAGAAAUUCCAGUGGUUUUGGUCAGUGAGCUCCAUAUGAGGAGUGCUGUACACAAGAAGGCUCUGUUGCCCACAUGUGGAGCCUAUACAGUUAGCUCUUUGGUAGAAUGAUAUCAGCAGAUCUCAGAUUAAGUGUUGGACACUUGCAAUAACCCCUAAGAUAAGACCAUCAGCCCUGAAGCUAUACCAUUUAGUCACUGGGGCGUUCAUGAGCAGGAGCUUCUACAUUUUACAUGGAGCCAGUGCAGUUUACACAAGAUUGAAGUUAUACAGUGAUAGCACAGUUUUAGUUAACAUAUGAGCUGAGGAAUUCUGGACAAGAUGCAGACCAUUGAGUGCCUGAAAGAUAUCCCAGUAAAUAAGAUUUUGUGAUGUUAAUGCUGGAACAUAUCAGUAUAACCUCAGUCUUGUUAAAGAUUAGCUUAAGAAAGUUCUGUCAUAUCCAUACCUUAAUGCCAGAGUGACUCCUGUAAAAUGCAGGAACUACAGCAGUGUUAUCUCAUUUGGUGAUUAAUCUAACCAGGUGGCAAAAUGCAAAUACUUAUAAAGAUCCCAAAACAAAACCCUGAUCCCAAAACAGGGAACACCCUGAAUAACAACAUUAGAAAACAGCCAAAACUUUCAAACUGGCCCCUAUUAGCCAAACAGGAGCCAAAUGAAGUGCCAGUGAUACCUAACUAAUAUUCUGUAUUCUUCAGAAGGACACUAUGAUUGUACACUGUCAAAAGCUGCACUUAAGUAUAAAAGGAGAAAACUAUUAAGUGACCCAGAAUCAAAAGCCAUCAUUAACUGCCUCAAGCAAGGGCUGUUUCAGUACUAUGUUUGUGUCCAAUCUCUGGCAGUGAAGAUUGAAAGAAUUCAUCAAACGCAGAACAAAAUUGAAUUAGGCUGUUACUGCCUGAUUCAGAUUUGUGAAAAUAGGAAGAUUGGAAGGAUACCACUGAAGUACUUCAGUGUGAUAACAGCAGAUUCUACACCUGCAGGUAAAAGACUAGAUUUCAGAUACUCUUCUGUGCUACAAUGUGCACCAAAUGGACAAAGAGCAGAGAAGCUAGAUCUGUGUGGGGCACAGGAACAGGGUCCAUAACCCAGGUAGCUGGGGGUCAUUUGAGCUACGCAUAAGCAAUAUCAAUAUCUGUAAAAUGAGAGAAACUCAUGUCAGCGCAAGUAGGAGAAGGUAGAGUUGCCAUGACUGCAGGAGGUGAGGUCAGCGAGUGGUUAUUAAUAUUGUGUAUCCUGUUGUGAAAGAAUUGCAUGAAUGUGUUACACUGUUCCGGAGGAGGAGAAAGAGCAGGCUUAUUAACUGGUUUGACUAUGUUAUUGUUAAUGAAUAAAAGAACUGUAGGAUCACUGUAUUCUUAAUUUACAUGUACCUAGAUUUAUUAAGUGUCAAUUUUAUUUACAAUUGUUGCAGGCAAUACAUUUCAGAAAAUACAUAUUUUUGUUUCGUGUAAACUUUUAUAAUGAAACAGUGUUUCACAAGACAUUUUGUGUUGAAGAUGAGGAUUUUAUUCUGCUGUUUCAUUUCAAGGCCCUUUCCAAUUCAAAUCACUAGACAUCUGUAUUGUAUUGGUUUUGUAUGUCACAAAAUUCACUACUGAAAUUUGGUGACUAAAUUGGAAUGCAAGAUGGUAUUAAUGGAGUCUUAUAAAACUCAUGUUUCUAAACAAUAAUAUUGAUCAUAAUUUUCCUGAGAAAUCAACUAUAUUAAGAGAUUCAAACUACAGUAUUUUAUCCUUAGAAACAAACCAGUGCACAGAUUCCUUUUAAAAAUAGGUUCUACCCGCAAAUUAGAAACUCAUUAUUUAAUAAAACUAUAUAUAAUAAACCAUCAAGUUUCCUGGUUUGUAAUUUGCGUUGACAAAACCUUAAAGGUAAAAAAAGGUAAACAAUUGAAUAUAUUGUAAUGCUUGAUAGCUUACCUGUAAGUUAACACCUUGUUAAUGUGUCUACUUGUAAAACACUUCUUGUAUUUUCAACAAUUGUGAACUUUCUUGAUUGAGGGAACUACUUAUUACUUGAUAUUUUUAUUUUUUAAGGCAUAGACAAAAGUUUUUAUGAUGUAGUGAUGUUGAAUUAUGUAUCUUGUUGUGAAAGAAUUGUUUCUAUAAUGCUGACAUGUUUAUAUAAUGUUGAUAUUUCUUUCUUUUUGUCCCAAAUUGUGUGAAACAAAUCUUAUAACAAGCAUUGUACUUAAUUGAACUGCAAUUAAUUACAAUGACAUGCAGUCACGGUUAAAUAAAAGGCUUUUUAAAGAAUACAGAGAGACUGCAGAAUACAUCAGCAUAAAUGCCUGCAUGUUUUUCUUUUUCUAAACAUUUUCAUGGAACAGUGGAGUUUUAAAGAUGUUGCUUCUGUUAUUGGGUUUAGGCUAAUUCGGUUAGACAAGCCCUGAAAUGUUAAAGAGCAUACAGUAGCUAUUACUGAAACCUUUAUGUUUACCUCUUCAUUUUGAUUUAUUUCGUUUAUACAGUCAUUUACAGUACAUAAAUGUGCAGAUUCUUUCAAAACAUAGUUUCUUUUUAUCAGCUGUAUAAUUUUUAUUUGUUUAUAUUUUUAAAUCUACGAAAAGUAAUUUUAAUGCAUUGUGCCGAUUUUUUGGUUCAUGCAAAAGUGUAAUGUCUGAGCAUACUGUAUAUUUCUUCUUAAAGGCUGUGCUGUUUUUUAAUCCACCGAAACAUUGCUUUUCCUGUAUGUUUCAAGUGGAGGUCCUUGUUAUUUCAGUCAGCGUUUAAAAGUGAUUCGCUACUUCAAAAAAGGGGGGGGCAUCUCCUUUUGUGAUACUUGAAAUAUAUAAUUUCUGACGUUUUAUGUGGAGUUAUGUUUAGCCUGUGUGAUUAUUUCAAAAAAGGUGUGAAUUUACUUUUUAAGUCCAUUAUAAAAAUUGUUCUCUUCAUUUUCAUGUAUGUUCAGAGGAGUAUUUAUACUCGCAACAUUAUGAGAGCCACUCCAUCAUAUUUCAACUUUUAAGGAGAAUGUUUGUAAAGAACUCUUUUGUAAACACAAUGCUUUUGAAAAAUAAAUGUUGGCAAGAUCACAAUAAAAAGUUUGAAAUUCA